AUGGCUCCACGAUCCGGCCUCGGCAUUGCGACCAUGGUACUGGCAAUGUGUUCGAUCGCAUCUGCACAAAACUCCAGUACUUCAAGUCCUCUACGCGACCCUCGAGAGCUCUAUCUGCAAAACGUGACCCUUCCACCGCCAUACCGCUUGGGCAACACAGGUCUGCAAAGCGAGUUCGAUCCACCACCCGAUUGUGGCGAAGACAGCUAUGUGGGCAGCGGCCGUCUAGCUGGUCGUCGAGCACUGAUCACAGGCGGGGACUCGGGCAUUGGCCGGGCAGUCGCCAUUGCGUUCGCAAGGGAGGGCGCAGAUGUCACUAUUAACUACCUCCCAGACGAGCAGUCUGACGCGGAAGACGUUCGUUCCAUCAUCGAGUCCACCACCGACUCCCGGGUCUUCACUCUACCAGGCGAUAUCCGUAACGAAACCUUCUGUGAGCAACUCGUCGCCGAUGCAGCUGUACAGAUGGAAGGCAUUGACAUCCUCAUCAAUAAUGCUGGAUGGACACAGCUUGCUCCGAACAUCACAACCCUGAGCACCGAAGUCUUUCGACGUACACUCGAGACGAAUGUCUUCGCCCCUUUCUACAUUACCCGUGCCGCGGUCCCAUACAUGCCACCCGGAUCCAGCAUCGUCUUCACCGCCUCCAGGAUUGUUGAAAGUCCACCCUAUGAGGGUGCCACCUAUGCUUCGACGAAAGCCUUCCUGGCGACCUAUUCUCGAGCCCUGGCUUUUGGUCUGAUGCAACAGAACGGCAUUCGAGUGAACGCGGUCGCGCCCGGAAUAGUGUACACGCCUUUCUUACCGACGCAGGGUCUUGUGAGUGAGAUUGCGAACGACAGGGUUGGAACACUGCCUAUGGGACGCGUCGCACAGCCUGUGGAGGUCGCAACCUUAUAUGUCGGCCUAGUAGAGAAUGCGCAGACGCAUGCGUACGGAGCAGUGUGGGAGCUCUGA